UCGACCUGCUUGCAGCCAUGAAGAGAUGCAUUGCUGCCGUCCUGCUGGUGCUUUCUCUCGAGGCUCUCGCCGCCGGCCGCCUCUCUGCUCUCACCCCCGGUGCCGAAGUUCCUCCAAGGCAUGCUCAUACUCAUCCGCCAGACGUUGAUCGUCAAGAGAUGGCGGCGGCUGCGGCGGAGAUGGCUGUUCGAGAGGAGACCAGCGUCGCCGGCAACGAGACGCCGAGGCCGUGGCAGUGCUGCGACAUGGCCCGGUGCACCAGAUCGUCCCCGCCGAUCUGCACCUGCCAAGAUAAGGUGAAGAGCUGCGCCAAGACCUGCAAGGACUGCCACAAGGACGAGUCAGACGCUUCCCGCUACGUGUGCGGCGACCAGUACUUCGGCUGGCCCGGGCCCAACUGCACCAAGGUCUAGCGUCGCCGCCGGCGGCCGCCCAGCUCUACUCUCUACUUGCUGCGCGCAGCUUUCCACUGGGUAAUGGUGAAUCGAAUAAAGUGAGUCACGGAGUAUUGUACGCGCUGUAGUAGGUGCACACGUACGUGUUGUUUUCUUUCGGGUUGUUGCUGUAGCCUUACUAGUUGCAUGGUGU